UACGAGCUCAGGAAUAGGGGGCACUUGUGGCAAGAUACUCUUUUUCAAUUGAGGAUUCGUGAAGGUUUUUUCAGGAAUUUCCUUGCCAAUCGACCAGAUGGCACUUGGCACUUUGGCAGGGGAUGUUUAGAGGUCUCAGAAUGCCGAUGUUUUUCCCUUUCAAGUCUUCAUCCAUCUGCCAAAAUCCCAGAGAAACCGCAAACAGACGCCAGGGGUAUUGAUCCUCUGUUCCGCGAGAUCGUAGAGAUUAUAGGAACUGAUAAUCUCAGACCUCGAGAAAGUCCAAUUGGGGUUCCUGUAUCUCAAGAAACUCGCGUAAUAGCUGCAGGGGUAAGAGAGGAAUUACCACUUGGCAUUGGAUGUGUUCGUCAAUUUGCCGAUGAGAGUAUCGGACUUGAUUAUGAGAAAACAUUGAUACCGAAGGAUACCCGGUUGGCAACUCCUGAUGUAAAUGAUGUUAGCCCUAUUGUUCACAAGGUAACAGAGAUCGUGCGGGCUGAAAAUAAUGUAAUUCCCAUGGAAGAACGUUUGGAAAACUUGGGCAUUCAGUUCAAUUCAAAUGUUGUGGAGAAUGUACUGAAGAGAUGCUUUAAAGUACGAAACUUAGCUUUUAGGUUCUUUAAAUGGGUGCAGCUCAGGGCAGGGUUUCACCACACUACUGGGACUUACAAUACAAUGAUAUAUAUUGCUGGGGAAGCAAAGGAAUUUGAUCUCGUGGAAAAACUAGUUGAGGAAAUGGAGAACAAUUCAUGUCCGAAGGAUAUGAAGACAUGGACCAUUCUCAUAUCUCACUAUGGGAAGGCAAAACUUAUUGGCAAAGCCUUGCUGGUCUUCGAAAAAAUGAGGAAAUCUGAUUGCACACCAGAUCGGACAGCUUUUAAAAUCAUUAUCCAGUCUUUAUGUACUGCAAGAAAAGCAGAGAUUGCAUUAGAGUUUUACAGGGAGAUGGUUCUUAAGGAUAUGGUGGUAGAUAUAAAUUUGUAUAAGUUGUUAUUGAACUGCUUAUCAAGGUCAGGAGAUUUCUCAGCUGUUAGAAUAGUUGGAGAAGACAUGAUCAAAGUCUCUCAGAUUCCCGAGAAUAUAGUUUAUUCUUGUCUUCUGAAGAGUUUCUGCAUUUCAGGGAGUAUUGGAGAGGCCUUAGAAUUGAUUCGCGAACUUAGAAAUAAAAUGAUAACCCUUGAUUCUGGAAGUCUUGAAAUUCUGGUGAAAGGGCUAUGUAGGGCUGAUAGGAUUGGUGAUGCUUUAGAAAUUGUUGAUAUCAUGAGGAACAAUCACAUUCUUGAUGGUAAGGUUUAUGGGAUUAUCAUCAAUGGUUACUUGAAGAGAAAUGAAAUUUCAAAGGCAUUGGAGCUCUUUUCUAGUAUUAAAGAAUCUGGGCACUUACCCACAGCUUCUACUUACACCGAGCUGAUGCAACACCUCUUCUGGUCAAAUGAGUAUCAAAGAGCCUGUGAGCUAUAUGAAGACAUGCUUGUUAAUAGGGUUGAACCAGAUACUGUGGCAACCAUGGCUUUGGUUGCAGGUCUUAUUCGCCACAACCAUGUUUCUGAAGCAUGGGAAAUAUUCAGAAAUAUGAAGGAAAAAGGAAUCAUGGUUACUCAGAAAUCAUAUUCAGUAUUCAUUAGGGAACUUUGUAGAGCUUCAAAAACAAAUGAGGCCUUUGAGCUUUUGAGUGAAAUGUGGAAUUCCAAAAUUAACAUUGGAGAUGGAAUAUUCCAWUUGGUUAUAUCUUCUUUAGAUAAGAAAGGAGAAUUGGAGAAAGCAGAAAAGGUCAAGGGAAUGAGCAGAGCCACUAAACUUUGCACUCAACAAGAUGAAUCAAUUGGUCUACCUGCAACUCAUCAAUCCCUAUGUGGAGGGAGUGACAUGGUUUUUAAUGCAUAUGAACCACAGCAACUUGGUCAAAGUGUAAACUCUAAUCAAUUACAGCUAUGCAGGACCAAUGUUCACUUGGUACAGUCAUUGCCUGAGGUUUAUAAUAACCAUGAUCUGCAGGAAGUAUGUAACAUUUUGUCAUCUUCCAUGAAAUGGUGCUUAAUGCAAGAAGCAUUGGAAAAAUGCAAAAUCAAAUUCACUCCUGAACAUGUUUUAGAGGUUCUUCAUAAGUGUCAAAAACAUGGUUAUGCUGCAUUACAUUUUUUCUCAUGGGUGGGUCAACAACCUGGUUAUAGACACAAUACAGAAACCUAUAACAUGGGCAUCAAAAUUGCAGGAUGUGCAAAAGAUUAUAAACAUAUGAGAAAUCUUUAUCAUGAAAUGAGAAGAAGAGGCUGCUUAAUAACAUCAGAUACAUGGACUAUUAUGAUCAUGCAAUAUGGUCGAGCAGGCCUGACAAAGAUUGCUUUGAAGAAAUUUCAAGAGAUGAAAUUUGAUGAAUGUAAAGCAACUAGGAGUAUGUACAAGUAUUUGAUAAUAGCCCUUUGUGGGAGGAAAGGCCGUAAAGUGGAUGAGGCCAUCAAAAUGUUCAAUGAGAUGAUUUACACUGGGUUUAUGCCUGACAAAGAAUUGAUUGAGAUCUACCUUCAUUGUUUGUGUGAUGAAGGUAAGUUGUCAGAUGCUAGGAGAUGUGUAGAAUCCUUAUGUAAGGGAGGCUUCACAAUUCCACUUGGUUAUUCCUUGUUAAUUCGUGCUCUUUGCCGAGCAGGGAGGUUAGACAAGGCUCUUGCAUUAGCAGAAGAGAUAGGGGAAGAAUGGCCUAAUUUGGAUCAAUAUAUUUAUGGAAGCCUUGUUCAUGGAAUGCUACGAGAGAGAAGGUUAAAUGAGGCCCUUGCUAAGGUUGAAACAAUGAAACAGAUGGGUGUUUAUCCGACAGUCCAUGUAUACACGUCCUUGAUAACCCACUUUUUUAAGGAUAAACAGGUUGGGAAGGCCUUGGAAAUGUUUAAAAAAAUGAUGGAACAGGGUUGUGAACCAACUAUUGUUACUUAUUCUGCAUUUAUUCGUGGAUAUAUGAACAUGGGGAUGGUUGUUGAUGCCUGGGAUCUCUUCCACCGUAUAUCAUUGAAGGGACCAUUUCCUGAUUUUAAAGCUUAUUCAAUGUUCAUAACUUGUCUUUGUAAGAUAGGUAGAUCUGAAGAAGCUUUGCAUCUUAUUCAUGAAAUGUGCGAUAAUGGGAUUUUCCCUAGUGCUGUUAAUUUUCGGACAGUGUUUUAUGGUCUAAACAGGGAAGGCAAACAAGAUUUAGCUCAUACUGUAUUACAAAAAAAAUGGGCUCUUAUUAGUAAUAGAAAGUUUCUAAAAUGAGUUUACAUUCAUUUAUUCUGGUCCAUAUGUAUUUCUUCCUACUCACCAGAAAAAGACAAAAAUCUGAUGCUUCUUUUCCAACUCA